CAUGGAAAAUAACCUAAGCUCUGCUUAUAAGUAUCACGCAGAAGCAAACUUGCACUAUGGACAUCACAGAAAGGUGACGACGAGAAGGUCAAGCAAGAUGGCUUCUCAACCAGGACCCCUCACCCAAUGGCCAUGGCAGAGGCUUGGAAACAUGAAGUACGUGCUCCUGGCUCCAUUGUUGGCGCACAGCGUACACAAGUUCAUGACGGUAAAGCCAGAGGAUAGGGACAUGUUCAACUUCCUCAUCAUCCCAUCUCUGCUGAUGCGGUUGCUGCACGCCCAGCUCUGGAUCACCCUGUCCCGGAUGAAGACUGCCAACAGCAAGCACAGCAUAGUCGACAAAAGCCUCGACUUCGAGCAAGUGGACAGAGAACGGAACUGGGAUGAUCAGAUCAUCUUGACAGCCAUCUUGGCUUACGUGGUAAACAAGGUGAUUCCUGGAGCAUCACAUCUACCAUGGUGGAAUACUAGAGGAGCGAUCCUCAUCAGUCUCCUCCACAUUGGCCCUGUGGAGUUCCUCUACUACUGGUUCCAUCGAGCUUUGCACCAUCAUUACCUCUAUUCCCGUUACCAUUCUCACCACCAUGCCUCCGUUGUUACCGAGCCCAUCACAUCUGUCAUCCAUCCAUUCGCUGAAGAGCUGGUCUACUUCCUGCUCUUUGCGAUUCCUCCUAUAACCACAGCUCUAACAGGAUCAGGUUCCAUUAUAACAAGCUAUGGGUAUUUGAACUAUAUUGAUUUCAUGAACUACAUGGGCCACUGCAACUUUGAGAUGGUUCCCAAGUGGCUUCUCGACAGCUUGCCCCCGCUCAAGUACCUCAUGUACACUCCCUCGUUUCACUCCCUUCACCACACGAGAUUUCGCACCAAUUACUCGCUCUUUAUGCCAAUAUACGACUAUAUAUACGGUACGGUGGACGAGUCUUCGGACGAGUUACAUGAAAGGUCUCUCAGGAAAAAGGAGGAGAUGGUCGAUGUGGUUCAUCUGACCCAUUUGACCACCCUGCAGUCCAUGUAUCACUCUCGAAUUGGCCUUUCUUCCCUGGCAUCAAAACCAUACAAGCAUCAGUGGUACUUGUGGAUCGUCUGGCCCUUCACGCACGCACUGGUGCAGCUGGCAUGGCACAUCGGGACUACAUUCACCGUCGAGAGGAAUAAACUGGAGAAGCUACGGAUGGAGACAUGGAUGGUGCCAAGAUACAGUUUCCAAUACGCCACAUUCGCUGGGAAAGAGAAGAUAAAUGGGUUGAUCGAAGAAGCUAUUCUGGAGGCCGAUAAAAGGGGAGCUAAAGUCUUAAGUUUAGGUCUCCUAAACCAAGCCGACGAAUUGAAUGGGUGCGGCAUGCUGUAUGUGAAGAGGAAUCCCAAGCUUAAGGUAAGGAUUGUGGACGGAACCAGCUUGGCAGUUGCUGUGGUUCUGCACAGUAUCCCCAAAGGAACACAGAGCGUUCUUCUUCUCGUCGGAAAUGUCUCCAAAAUGGCUCUGUCUUUAUGCUUGGCUUUAUGCAAAGUCGAUAUCCAGGUAGAGAUGGUUCAGAGGGACAAAUUCAACCUCCUGAAACAGAGAUUGCCACCACAACUUCAGAAAUAUUUGGUUUUCUCUGGGAAAUACAGAAGCAAGACGUGGUUACUUGGGAAUGGAGUGAGUGACCAAGAACAAAGGAACGCGAGUGAAGGCAUCCAUUUCAUCCCUUAUUCUCAAUUCCCCCCCAGAGUAGUACGAGAAGAUUGUAUCUACCACUGCACUCCUGCAAUGCUGGUCCCAAAGGCAUACCAAAACCUGCACGCCUGUGAGAACUGGUUGCCAAGAAGGGUGAUGAGUGCAUGGCGUGUGGCCGGAAUAGUUCAUGCGUUGGAGCAAUGGAACAAGAAUGAAUGUGGUGAGACGGUGAGCAACAUAGAGACAAUGUGGCGUGCUGCCCUCCGCCACGGAUUUCUCCCAUAUGAUGGUGUCCUGUAGCCAAGUGCAACGCCGAAGAAAGCUGCUUCUCUACUGGUAAUUGCAAUUAUGCCGCUUGGUAUCUACUAGAGUGACCUGCUACUCCUGGCGUGGAAAACCUUCAAUCUACCUUGUUUACUUGUGGAGUCUGAGACUUCGUUUAUGCCAUGAAUGCAAUAGUUGGCGUGUACUAGCUGAAUAGUAGGGACGAUUUCAUGAUCUGGAGUAAAUCUUUGAAUACAAUGUGUAAACAUACUUCUACGA